AUCACAUCUGGACGGCCCUGGUGGCCGUGUGGAUUAUUACGAUCACCAGCCACGCGAAAGAACAAUUUAAUUACGACAAUGCAACGAUCGAAAGUACGAUAAAUUAUCCAAUAACUUACGAGAAAUCAGUACCGCCACCGCAUGAUUUGUCAUCCAGUUCGCUGAUUCCGUUACCCAGUUCACCGACUUGGAAUUCCAUUAUUGCAAAUAGUUACCGUAUAAAAAAUUUUAAAAAUAAUAAUACCAACAACAAACUUUAUGGUUCAACAAUUAAAAUUAUAAAUAAAAAUUCUUCAAUCGGUAUAUCGGAGCCAGAUGUAAGAAAAUUCGGGUCGAAAAAACGUUCGACGGUCAGUAAAUUUAUUGAUGGAAAAGAUUAUCAGGAGUUAUAUAGAACUAGAGCAAACAAAACGAACCAAGGUGAGGACGGAUUAAAAUUAUUGUCAAAUCCAUCGGGUGAUAAAUUUAAAACUGUUGACAUUAUAAACCCGAAAACGACAUACGGUAAUCCAUUACCGGAACCAAUUGAUGGAGUGAGUGAAAUAAAAAGUUAUUUAAUCGCAUCCCCAUCACACGUUUCUUUAGCAGACUCCAGUAAUAACAAUAGCGAUAUAAUAAAAUGUUGUGUUCAAACGCCUGAGGAAAAUUCAACUGAUGUGAAUAUGCUAAAAGUUUCAUCCCACAAAGUCACGUAUUCAGAAACUAGAGUGAAAAGUUAUAAUAAUAAAUAUAACCAUAAAAAUAACAAUGGAUACGAAUUUGAGGAUGUGAAAAAUAAAGGAAAUAAAGAAGAAACUAAAAGUAAAAUUGAGACACUAGAAGACAGACAUUUUGAUGCCCCAAGUGUUGAAGUCAAAAAUACAUCUGCUGAUAACACGUCAGAAAUAUAUAAGAGUUUGUUGCUUUCGUUGCUGAGAAAGGGAAAAAAUGAGGUUACAAGUCAGCGAAAUUCAUCAGAUUUCGCGAAUAAUAAAGUUUUGAGCAGCGGAAAUCAUGUAAAAUUGUUAAAUAUGAACACAAGUUUAAAGGGUAUUAACCAUCGGACAGACAUCAACUUCCAAGAGCGAGUUAGCGUUAAAGUAACGGGAAAUUUGUUGGAAAAGUUAGUACGUGAUAAACCACAAACAAGCUUGGCUAAUGAAAAGUCUCGAGGUAACAAUCAAGAGUCUAGAGUGAAGCUAUUUGUUACCGACAAACCAUUUCGUCUAAUGCCUCUUGAUACUAGUCAACUUACUUCUUACUCAGAUAAAAACACAACAUCGAUUUCGGCUUUAUCGAAAAUCCACAGCAGUGACUUCAAUGUCACUCUUCCAUCGCCAAUUAAUUAUUUUUUGAAUAAUAACAACAGUAAAAAUAAUAAUGACGGCUAUGAUAUCGGAUCCGUUAAUAAAAAUGAUGAACGACAAUUUUCUACUCGAUCGUUCAAUAGCGAGUCUGAUAGAAUUAAUGAGACAAAUGUUACUGCCGGUACUGCAACAACUUAUAGCAGCCUCGCUAUCAGUGCAUUGGAAAUCAAUGAAGAGACAAUGGAAAAUUCCGUCACGGCAAUUACAAUCAAGGAUAAUAAAAAUAUUGGACGUAUAAUUAAGAAACAAGAAUUUGAAAUCAAUACUCGCCUCUCGGCGAACAGUAAUAAAGCUAAUUGGGAAAUUAAAAGUAUGCUUUCACCAAAAAGUAUUAAUAGAAGACCGUUUAUUUCGAUGGAGAUACUGCGACAUAAAAAGUCGAGUAAUUUAAUGAAUACUUCGGACAACAAGACAAUGAGCAAUGUAACAUUUGGGGUUUCUGCUGACGAAACUGAGUCCAAUGGAAUAACAGAAAAUAUUUCUGAAACUAUCUUACGAACUGACGAAAAGCGGCUUCCGAGUCAUCUGCGGAAUUUGGGUAGACCAUCAGAACUUUUAAACCCACUUGACUUGUUGAAUUCAACAUCAUUGUCCGUGGAAUCAGGAACUGAAGCACGAAAUUCGUUGCCACCGAAAGAUAUUUCGACAGAAGCUGGCAACCCACAAAGCUCGGAAAUCAAUGGCAGCAUACACGAAAGUACCACUCACCCUCUUCACGCUCGUAAUUCUGGUACUUUCCAUCAAACUGACAGUGAUCCCGGUUAUUAUGGAGAAAAUGUUGCGUUUAACGAUUAUCGAUUACAAGCUAGUAGACCUUUGACGGUAACUGAAUUUACAACGGAAAUAAGUCAAGUCGAACGUGCGAAAAUGGGAAUAGAUUUAUUGAGCAACGAAACUAAAACGACACCUCUGGGAAAUACAAAAGCUAGUGGGACCAAAGCUAUGGAUAAAUCGGCACUUUCAAGCUCUGCUAGCACCAGCCGCAGAAAUGACUCACAAAUUUUCAGUGAAAAAUGGGAACAUGGGUCGCUGUUACCACCCAGUGAGCAACCAAAUGCCAAUCAGACAAUUAAUGACGUGAAUAGAGUUAAUGCAGGUUCUACUAUAAGUUCUACUAGCGCUAAACGAUUUGGUGAACAAACCGGUAAAAUUGGAACUAAUCACCAGCAAAGCGGAAUAAAUGCAAAUAAUAAUUUAACGUAUAGUCAAAAUAAUCCAGGGGUUGCUGGUGCUCGAGCUACGGGGUUUGAUAAAGUUGGUAUGAAUGAAAACUCGAGUUCGGUUGCGGUUAAUCAAUGGCCAGUGAAACACAGCGCUAUCGUUGAGGGUGAUUUGGUGCUCGGUGGUUUAAUGAUGGUACACGAGAGAGAAGACACCAUUACAUGUGGCCCCGUUAUGCCACAGGGAGGCGUGCAAGCACUUGAAGCGAUGCUAUUCACGUUGGAUUGGCUUAGUAAACGGCAAUUUAUUCCCGGUGUUAAAAUUGGCGCCCACAUUCUCGACGACUGUGACAAGGACACUUAUGGAUUAGAAAUGGCUGUUGACUUCAUUAAAGGAUCUAUAAGCAAUAUUGAUGGUGCCGAAUACCACUGCAACAAAAGCACUGUUCGAAAAGUUAUCAGUGGAGUUGUUGGAGCAGCUUCUUCUGUAACUUCUAUUCAAGUUGCUAAUCUUUUAAGACUUUUUCGAAUACCACAAGUAUCUUUUUUUUCGACCAGUCCAGAGCUAUCAAACAAACAACGUUUCGAAUAUUUUACCAGGACAAUACCAAGCGAUCACUAUCAAGUAAAGGCCAUGGUUGAUAUCAUCAAAGUUAUGAACUGGAGUUAUGUCUCUAUUAUUUACGAAGAAAGUAAUUACGGGAUCAAAGCUUAUGAAGAGUUGGAAGAACUUCUUGCCAAGUAUCAGAUUUGCAUCGCUAUUAAAGAGAAACUCGUAAAAGAUUCAGGGGUCGCUGAAGAGAUUGCUUACGAUAAUAUAGUACAGAAGCUAUUGACUAAACCACGAGCAAGAGGAUGCAUAAUAUUUGGCUCGGACCAGGAAGUCGCUGAGAUGAUGAGAGCGGUACGACGUAAUAAUGCAACUGGUGCGUUUUACUGGAUAGGAAGUGAUGGUUGGAGUGCCCGCGGGCUUGUUAGCAAUAAAAAUGAGGCUGAGGUCGAGGGUACUUUGUCGGUACAACCGCAAGCUAACCCGGUUGUCGGAUUCGAAGAGUAUUUUCUUAAUCUUACUGUUGAAAAUAAUAGACGGAAUCCUUGGUUUGUUGAAUUUUGGGAAGAUCAUUUUCAAUGCCGCUAUCCAAAUUCCUCACUUACGCCAUACAAUAAAAAAUAUAAGACAGCAUGCACGACUAAAGAAAGACUCACCAAGCAGAACACAGCAUUUGAAGAUCAGCUGCAAUUUGUCUCCGAUGCAGUAAUGGCAUUCGCUUAUGCAUUCAGGGACAUGCAUGAUGAUCUUUGUCAUGGAGAACUAGGUCUCUGUGAUGCCAUGAAACCAACAAAAGGCACCGAGCUAUUAAAAUAUUUACGCAAAGUCGAAUUCAAAGGUCUCAGUGGUGAUAAAUUUCACUUCGACAAAAAUGGAGACGGACCCGCCAGAUACAAUAUCAUUCAUUUCAAACAAGUAUCCCCCGGUAAAUAUAAAUGGGUACGUGUCGGAAAAUAUUUAGAAGGUGAACUGCGACUUAAUAUGUCAGAGAUUCAAUUCCGGAUGGAGAAUUCCGAGACUCCAGAGAGCGUGUGCUCACUUCCUUGUAGAAUUGGCCAAGCAAAAAAAUACGUCGAAGGAGAAAGCUGCUGCUGGCAUUGUUUUGAUUGUACUCAGUAUCAAAUACGACAUCCCGAUGAUCAAACUCGUUGCAUUCAAUGUCCCCAGGGUACAGUACCCGACGAGACUCAUUCCUACUGUCGCGAUAUCCCCGAAGAAUUUUUAAAAUUCGACAGCGCAUGGGCCAUAGGCGCAAUGACAUUUUCUACAAGUGGAAUACUUGUAACUUUAUUUGUUGGCGGAGUAUUUUUAAAACAUAACGACACCCCUAUUGUUCGAGCUUCUGGUCGGGAACUAUCCUACGUUCUUUUGACGGGUAUAUUGUUAUGCUACUUGGUAACAUUCACUUUAAUUCUAAAGCCGACGGACAUUGUUUGCGGCAUUCAAAGAUUUUCAGCAGGAUUUUGUUUCACGGUAGUCUAUGCAGCGCUUUUGACAAAAACAAAUAGAAUAUCCCGGAUAUUUAAUAAGAGCAAAAGAAGUGCUAAGAGACCAUCAUUUAUAUCUCCACGAUCGCAGCUCAUCAUUUGCUCGCUUCUUGUUGGAGUGCAGAUACUGAUAAAUAUCGUGUGGAUGGCAAUUGAUCCGGCGAAAGCCCGACAUCAUUAUCCCACUCGUGAAGAUAAUCUCCUUGUGUGCAAUAGUUAUAUCGAUGCGAGCUACAUGAUAGCUUUUACUUACCCUAUUAUUUUAAUUAUCGUCUGCACAGUAUACGCGGUCUUGACACGUAAAAUACCUGAGGAUUUUAAUGAAAGCAAACAUAUUGGAUUUACAAUGUAUACAACAUGUGUAAUCUGGCUGGCUUUUGUUCCUCUGUACUUCGGUACCGGGAAUCAUGUCGCACUUAGAAUAACGUCAAUGUCCGUAACCAUAAGUCUCUCGGCAUCAGUAACUAUCGCUUGUCUCUUUAGUCCCAAGUUAUACAUAAUCUUAAUACAUCCCGAGAGAAACAUAAGACGAGGAAGAGGACCUUUUGCUGCUCCGAAGCAUUCAACAGUUGCGAGGACCAAUGCCUCCAGUAUGAUAUCGACAGUAACACUGACGGCUGUCACUUGUGAUCAGAACAAAGCUAUCAGAGGGCAUUCCAAUGUCACUACUAAUGAUUGUUCUACACAAAGUGAGAUGUAUGAAAUAGAAUUGAAAGAUUGCAAGAACGGAAAACCAGGGGCUGGAGUGACAAGAUCAACGCAGACGGCACUGAACAACAAUGAAACAACAAUAAUUUCACCAGAGAAGGAGGAUAAUAAAUUAAAUGAACUAGGAUCUGUUAAGUCGUUGAAUAAUAUUAAGAUGGGAAAUGGUCCGGGUGUUAAUAAAAAAGAUGUCGCUUUAUAGCAGAGCACUGGGUCACUUAUUAUUCGGACUGAACUUCCCGAUGCUCUUCUUCACACUAAUCUCAUACCUAUUUCUAAGGAACCUGUUCAAGUAUAAUAAUAAUAUUAUUAUUAUUAAAUUACAUAUCUGCUGAAAUAUUUGUGGUUAAAACGUUAAAAUUUAUGUAUAUAUUUAUAUAGAUAUUAGGGUGUGUAAAAUAAAAAUGAUUUUUUUUUCUUUAGGUCCCAUAGACUCAUAAGUUUCUUUGGGACCUAAAAAAACUACUAAAAAAUCAGCUCAAUAUCUCGAAAAUUGAGUAACUUUUUUGGAUUGUAGUUACGGACAUGACUAUUAGUGACAUUUUUGUAGCGAAUGAGAUUUUCUGUAAAGGUACGAGAGUCAAAACCGGAAAAAAAAAUUUUUUCAUUGAUUUUUAAAUGAGAAAAUAAACUUGUAAACCGCCAGCACAAUUUUCGAGCUAUCGAAGUGAUUUUUUAGGAUUUUUUUGAGGUCCCAAAGAAACUUCUGAGUCUAUGAUACCGAAAGAAAAAAAAUCAUUUUUUUUUACGCAUCCUAGUAUAUAUGUAUAUUAGGGUGGGUUGAAAAAAAAACUUUUCUUAGCAUGGGGGUAGAAUUUGUACCUUAUAAAAAAAAAAAAUUUUUCAAGAAAAAAAAAAUUUUUUUACUCAACAUUUUGAGGUGGCUCACUCGUUUUUAAAAUAAAUAAUUGAUCAAACGGGGUAGUCCCAACGAAAAAAAUUACAUGGUGUUCUACAAUCUGUAGGGUGUCCCCUUGAAAGCUAAUUGAAAGUCAGGAGUUGAAAAAAUUUUUUUCCUAUUAUUUUUGUAAUUUAAGUAAAAAAUUCAAAAAUGAAAAGCAUUUUCUUUUGAAUUAAAAUGAAAGUGAAGUAAAAAAAAAUCACAUUCGACAAUUAUUAGAUGUUUUCCACGAUUUUGGACGAAAAAAAAUUUUUUUCGUUGGAACUACCUCGUUUAAUCAAUUAUUUAUUUAAAAAACGAGUGGGCCACCUCAAAAUGUUAAGUAAAAAAUUUUUUUUUUUCUUGAAAAUUUUUUUUUUUUUAUAAGGUACAAAUUCUACCCCCAUGCUAAGAAAAACAAAAAAAAAGUUUUUUUUCAACCCACCCUAAUAUAUAUAUAUAUAUUAUAUAUAAUAUAUAUAUGUAUAUCAUACUA